CUCAAGAAAGAAUGUUGGUGUACAUUAUAACAUGAAAUAUAUUUUACAGAGAAAGGCAAGAGAACAAGAAGUCCCGGAUAUACUCCAAUAGCCUAUCUUGGAGAAAUUUUGUUAUGUAGGUAGUUAGUUAGUUUCACUUUUCCGUUUGUUUUUUCAGUUUAAAAAAAAUGCUUGGUCACUCUCUACACCAGUAGGUGGCGGUAACGAGCGAAUGUAGUGUUUGCUAACCGCCUUGAAACUAGAAGAAGGAGAAGCAGAAGAAAAGAUUCAGUCGUCAGCAAAGUGACUCGGUCUAAAAUGAACAAUUUGGACAGUUUGAAUACGUUUUUGACAGAUCGCUUAAUGACAGUCGCUGGAGAGAUAUUCCAAGUGUUUAAAGACGCGUUUAGUGAAUAUCAGUGUGAAAUAGAGCGAAUGAAAGAGGAGAACCGGUGUCUAAGAGAAGCGCUGGCUGAAAUAUACAACAGUGUUCAAGAGCGAGCAGAGAAGCACAGUUUAAACCAGAGAGCCCUGAACACUGACACCUGCGACAUACAAGUGAAACUGGAAUUAGAAGCGAGUCCAUCUGAUCCACAACAGUCUCAGAGUCAUCCACCCAGAGGCACGCCAAAGCAUGAUCAUACUGUUCAUGAUCUGGACCCAGAAUCGAGUUUUUCAGAGAAAACUGGGCUCAGGGAUGAAAACGAGGACAGCAGCAGCAGCAGCAGCCUACACACAGGCUCAUCGGUCACGGUCAAGGCAGAGCCGUGUGCAUCUCAAAAUGUCUGCUUUGCAGAAGUUAAAAACGAAGCUGAAGGCGAUCAGGCAAGAGACCAAGAAGAACCUCUUUCCUGCACUUAUUGCGACCAAACAUUCACUGAGGUUCCUCAGCUAGCGUCACACGUGCAGAGUCACAUGGCAUUGUUUACCUGUGAGGUCUGCAGAAAGUCCUUCAAGCAGAAAGGAACGCUGAAAACGCACAUGAUCGUGCACCAGAAAGAAAGACCUUUUGCCUGUGGGUAUUGUAUAAAGCGGUUCAAGCUGAAAAGUCACCUGAAAGAGCACGAGAGGAUACACACGGGUGAAAAACCUUUCAGCUGCCCGGUGUGCAUGAUGUCUUUUACUCGCUCCAAUCCUAUGAAGAUACACCUUCGGAAUCAUCAUCGGGAACAGAUAUUACUCGAUCAGUAGAGCAAGAAUCAAGGCUGGAAAUAUUAGACGUGUGGAUAAAUUCCACUGUCAGUUCAUCUGUUGUUUCUUUUGUUACUUUGACGGUCUUUACUAAGGCACCUCAGCGGCUAAAUUUAAUAUCCUCAUAGUUCUGCUGAAUAUAACAAAAGUACUAAUUAUUUGUUCUACAUGCUUAACUACUGGUUAUUCGUUCAUUAUUCUGAUUAUUGUCUGCUUGCCCCCCACACUAAAUAAAUACCAGUCUUAUUUACUAUCUGAGUCUGAAUUCUACUGAUCAACAUAUUUUAUCCUGGAGACUGAACUUUUCACAUUUUGUAUGGUUUUUAUAGAGAACUGAAAGUGGAUGAUGUACACCAAUGGUCACUAACCCUGUUCCUGGAGAUCUGCCUUCCUGAAGACUUUAGCUCCAACCAUAAUCGUGUCCAGCUGACCAUCUGAACAUUGCCUUAAGAAGUUCUUGAUCAACUAAAACAGGUUUGUUUGAUUUUGGUUGGAGAUGAAACCUGCAGGAAGGUAGAUCUCAAGGAAGAGGGUUGGUGACCAUGGGUGUACACUUUAUUAAACAUUAAACCAAUGCGUCUGAUUUUUUUAAUUUAUUAUUUUUAGUAAUGAAUAGAGGAUUUCGUUUUAAAUGUGAUUUCUGUUGCUUUAGUAAGUACAUUCUUUUCAGUGGUGACAAUGGAGUAUGAUGCUCCAAAAGUACAAAUACAAAAUGUAUGCAGUUUGCAUGUUGUAUGUAAAAUAGAGGGUAUGAUUUAAAAACAAAUAUGAAAAAAGGAAGCAUUUAACCAUUAUUUAAACUGAAAUAAAUCAUUCAACAAGUCAAAUCUUUGUGUUUCAUUACAAAUGAAUUUACUAUGUUGAGUCAUUGGGAUCAAGAAAACAGCUAUCCACUGUCAAAUAUUCACAGACAUGAAAAAGGAUAUCAAUAGAUAUCAAAGUGGUUAAUAAAUACAUACUCAGACCAACUGUACAAACAGAGAUUUGAAAAAGUUGGGGAGAAAAUCUGAAACGAUCAUCUGGAUUCAUCCUUGAAAUAAAAACGGAUUCAAGUCCAAAUUUAUUGUAGUCACAAAUGUCAUUUUGACUGUUUCACUGUUUAUAUCUACAAUAUUUGUGUGCAUUUUUGUUUAACUGUGAUAAUAAAGCAGCUUCUACAAAACCCAGUUCAGAUUAAAUGUAGUUAUUUUCUUGACUGGUAAGAGGAUUUUAAAUUAAUGAUUUACUGUACACUUCACUGA